UUUUUAUUAUAUAGAUGUGUUUAAAAUAACCUUUUAGUAAGAACACUAGUGUAGUCCCAAAGGGUUUGGGAGCGGGUUGUGACACUCUUGAAGAGCAAGUCCCGAUGCUGCUCGUUGAUGGAGAAGAAUUUGAUGAAGAUGAAAUUGAUGAAGUCGACGUUUCAUCUGAAGCGAGCGAGUGAAACCAUUGUUGGGGAAGAGGUUGCUGAAGAGAUUGCUAAAGAGGUUGCGGAAGAGGUUGCUGAAGAGAUUGCUAAAGAGGUUGCUGAAGAGGUUGCUGUCAUGCCUGCAGGUUACAUGGCACAGAUGCACCAUGAAAGAGAGCUCAUGAACCGUAGGAAGACCAUCAAUGUCAUUGGCAGGAAAGACAUUCAACAGACCAUGGUUAGGAAGACCAGCCGUAUUGAAGCCCUUCAAGCGUCUAUCGCCCUCAACUCUGGAGGUGGUGGGGAAUGCUCUGCUGGACAAAUGGAGCACUGGAAGAGGGAGCUGGCAUCUUGCCAGAGAAAGGUUUGACACCUCCGUCAUGAAAUGAAUAUCGACAUAUAGGAUGACUCGAAGCUACAGUACCACUACUAUCUAUAUUAACAUUUUUGAAGUA